GGUGAGUCAGAGCUCAGGACUUGGAACGAAGGCUGGGGUGGAGCUCCUCAGAAUUCCUGGGGCGGGUAGGUCCCGGCAUUGCCCAGGCCCUCCUGGCCCUCUGCACUCUUCUCUCCCCACCAUGGAGUUCAACCUGUCAGCAGCCCUGGAGUCCUCUUCCGAGAAAGCCGAGGCGGAAGGCCAGGGGGGGAAACCCAAACAAUGUCCCCCACAAGUGCACAGCCCAUCAGAGGCAGGAGCAGCGGCUAAUCCCAGGCACCGCCACGGCAGCUCCUCCUCUGACUCCAGCAGCAGCAGCUCCAGCGAUUCAGACGGCGAAGCGAAGCUCCAUGCCACUGGGUCACAGCAGCAGGAAAGCACCCCAGGCAAGCCCAAGAAGCCCAAGGUGAAGAAGGCGGAGAAGGAGAAGAAGGGGAAGAAGGGGAAGAAGGGCAAGAAGGCGGCCCCUCACUGACUGGGCCUGGGCCCAGGCUCAUUAAACCGUCCUCCUGCUUCCGGGUGACAGUGCUGUCCG